UGACUUCGUAAAAGCUGUGACCGCCGGGUGUUGGUUGGCUCCAUUUGGCGUUUGCUGAUGAGUUUUGUUGAAACUUGACAAAUGGGUGAGCACCAUUGAGUUGACGUUGUCGUGUAUGAAAUUUGUGUGCGAUCGGAAAAAGAUAUACAUAGGCAUGUAGUCGAAAAGUAUUAGCUGCGGUGUCGCUUGAUAUCACGGCGUUUGCGGUAUAUCUUUUAGCUCGAGGUCGAUCCAGGCCUAUUAUUGCACUUUCAUCACUUUCAUCACUCUCUACGAAAUUACAUGUAGCAAAAGGUGGCAGACUAUGUUCAGUACCCAUGCUGCCCGCACUACUUCUGCUUUGACACCGGAUCCUUCAAUUCCAGCUUACACCGACGAUUUAGAAUGGGUUACCGCAUAUCUGGUCGCUCAUAUGAUGAGCGAUAACUCGAAGGUCUACACAUAUCUUCUCUGGAUAUGCGUCGGUUUUGUCUUAUUGGUCUUCACCCUCUUCCAUCUGAGUGGUAACAGAGGCGGUUUUGUAGCUGCCGCUUGGAGUAAAUGGGCUUUGCGAAGAAGAACUUGGAGAGGUGCCUCUGUCUUGGAACGUGCUAGACGGACAGGAAAAAACAUUCAACCAGUUAUUCUUCCUCCAAAUUCACAGAUCCUUUGUCUCGUUGCCCUUCCUAUAAUCGCAUUCUUAUUGGCUUUUGUCGGCCCGGACUACCUUUCCCCGAAACUAUUCGACUUGGACUCCCCCAAUUUAGCUACAAGAGGUACAGGCUACGAUGCAUCGUUAUUCUACCAGUACCAACCUCAAUACACGAUAAACAAAGCUUGGUGGACCUCUGGAGGGAGGACAGGACUUAUUGCUUUCGCGCUUUUACCGCUAUGUGUACUCUUUGCGUUGAAAGCUCCGCCAUUUGCCAUAUUUGCUAUCUCAUUCACCACUCAGGUGUAUUUCGACAAGCUCGCUUGGCUACAUCGGUGGUCUGGCAGGCUGAUUUGGCUAAUCACCUUGCUGCAUGUGCUAUUGUGGAGUGCACAGUUGUUACGUGAUCAUCGCCCGAGUACUGGAAAGAUUGGAUAUACGUAUGCGUGGCAGUACGAAAAGUUUAUCUAUGGCUGGCUAGCAUUUGGUCUUUUGACCCUCUUAAUCUUCGUCUCAUCGCGUUUUAUCAGAAAGGCGCAUUAUGAAAUAUUCUAUAUCUCGCAUAUCGUCCUUGUUCCCCUCACACUGGUCAUGUCAGCAUUGCAUCACCCUCCCGUAGGAUUUUGGUGCUACCUCACAUUAGGUAUCUGGGCGGCAGAACGCGUAUGGCGUGGUACUUGGUGGUUGCAAAUGAACGGCUUCUUUGGAAAGGAGAACACUGCACCUGUUGUUUCCCAGUCUACUGCCCCCGCAGAUCCCGAAACUCAGGCUCUGCGACCAUGGCGCUAUUCGACGAGCUCCUCAAUAUAUCCUCCUUCGUCGCCCUACCUUGAUUCUAGAUUCUCGACAUAUGCCGACGGGAACCUGCUUGCGCCUGCAUCUGCCAUUGGGUACUCUCCACCACCUGGAUUUGCUCAUGCCGAGCUCCUCUCCGGUGCUACCGUUCGCCUUACAUACAUUACACCCGGUUUUUUGUCCUGGGCUCCUGGCCAACAUUUUCUCAUCAAUGUUCCAUCUGUCUCUCGAUUUCUUACGCACCCCUUCACCACCGCUUCAAUCUGCGAUGAACAAGCUGCUUCAGUAGCCGGACGUGCAAUCGUCUUUCUUGUUCGUUGUCGAAAUGGAUGGACGAGAGACCUGUGGAACCACGUCGCUAAUAUGGUCAGCCACAAUCAGCAGCACAUACAAGGGGAGAAACUACCAAGUAGCACCAUUAUGCCAUCAACCGGUGUACUGUUAAAGAUGUAUGUAGAUGGACCUUUUGGCAGUGCAGUGCGUGCAAGAUGGGGGGAACAUUCGACUGUUGUCAUUUUUGUAGCCGGAUCAGGUGUUAGUUUUGGACUGUCUAUAUUGGAAUAUGUUUGUCUAUGUCUGGCUGGUCGAGAUGGGAGGUAUCUUGGUGGGCGUCCGGGAGGUUGGGCUUCCAAAGGAUUCAACACCCGUCGUGUGAAAUUCGUUUGGAUGAUACGCGAAUUUGCACAUAUACAAUGGUGCGCUUCUAUCCUACGGAGGUGUAUGGCCAUGAUUCCCUCGCCUGGAUUGGACGUUGAUAUAUUCGUGACAAAUUUCAAACCACUGCUUGCGAAGAACGUACCUCCACCACCAAAUGGUUCUGACCCCGGUCUCUUGGCCCCAACCCCCACCUACGCGCGCUCUAAAAGAAUUUCGUCCGAAGAAUCGACUCUCUAUGAUAGCGAUGGCGCUGAUAAUAAUUUCGUCGACUUCAAUUACUACACAGAUGCAUUCGGAGACGAAGAAAAUGACAUCAGUUCUAUUCCUCUUUCCGAGAGAGAGGACUAUACCCUCAACUUGACCAACUUCGAAGGUGACAAUGACGAUUCUCUUCCCGGCGAACGACAGCUCAACAGGAAGGUGCAAAAGCAAGGCAAAAAACUACGCGCAAAGUCCAGAAAGCUCUCACAGAUUCUCAAUCUCACACAGGAUGGCGAUCGGGGGGUGAUGCUGAACGGAAUGAAUGAUCCGAACAAACAAGUCCACGGUCAUGGGCACUCGAGUGGUUUAGAUUCUGACCCCAAUACGCUUGCUUUUCUGCGUGACUCCAAUGAAUCCGACGACGAAUCAGUCGACCUCGGGAUGAGAUCUGUCGCACUAUACUCACCAACAGAGUACCCGCCACGUUUGAUCGGUCCCGGUAGCCCAAACUCCUCGCGUUCGUCUUCCCCUCUGCCUUUCGUACCCGAAGACGCUUCUACUUCUACACUUACCUUUCCCGAUCGAUCUUCUUCUGCGUUUCAUCUAUCACACGGUUCACGAGCUACUUCCCCUCCCACCUCUCCCAAGAGCAGACCGCUAUCCUCAUCAUAUCCCUCGUCAAGCCGGCCAAAUUCACCGCCCCUCCAAUCAGCGCAUGCACCCAUCAAGUCCUCUCCCCUCGUCAACCUACGUCCACUCAAUACAUCUGACUUGGAUGUUGACGUCUCUGCGAGCUCCAUACGACAUUCCCAGCCCUUUUCUGCUAUUUCCGGUGCUAUGUCGGACAUGUACACUGAUGAUACACACCUUUCGCCCUCCUCUCAACAUCGAGCUCGGCCUCGACUGAUUGUGGAAGGCCAGGAAAUGCGGGAUGUGUCUGCUGUUUCGGUGAAAGUCAGGCCGGGUAAGCCAAGACUUGAUCGGAUAUUGCGUGAAGAAGUCGAGACAGCAAGAGGGUCCGUCGUUGUCGCAUGUUGUGGCCCCUCCUCUUUCAACGCCAUGGUGAGAAAAGCUAUUGCAUUUGAAAUCAGUCCCGCCCGUAUCCGACGAGGUGACCGUCGAGGUCACAUCGAGUUGGUGUCGGAAGAGUUCGAAUUUUAAUUAUUGCUCAAAUAUUCAUUGGACUUAUCCGUUGGUUACGAUUUCGCUGAAGGACAAUUUUGACCGGGAGCUCAGCGAGUACGAUAUGCUUUAGACAAAUUUUACUUACCUAUAAUUGCCCUCCAUGAAUUCCAUUGUAUCGUAACACUUGCAGUUAAUAAACUGAGGACAAGUAGACCACUCCCUCAGGUCGCUCGAGAUUAGGGUUUUUUGCACGUGCUC